CUUUUGGCUGUAAACAAUCCACAACACAUCUGCACGUUCUGGAGCGAUAUUAAUUCGGUCAAAAUUUCUGUCAAAGUUGCUUUGACAACCUCGCUAGGGGAAAUGACCACACUUAGGCUGUUUACACGAGGGGAGCUAUUUUAACAUAAAUUAUCUGGGCUCUUCGCGGCAAAAGAAAGCUCAACAGCUUUGGACAAACUGAGGAUUUUGCUUCAUAACGUCUCCUAUCUGAAAACCGCAUCGAGACCUGAAACUGAGUGGAGUUUAAUUUUGUUUGAUUCUGGUCAUUUUAAUAAAUUCGUAGAUUGAGCUCUAUUUCAGCUAAAUGUGGUCAUAAAUAUUUCACAACUUUGUUCGCGCAAUCGAUAGCAAUAGCAUGUUGUUGAGCAUGCGCGAUGGGCUUUCUUGCAGGUGGAAGUUAUUCGGGCUUUGUGCUCGCAGCACGUGCCUUUAAAAGAAUUAUAAUGGAAAUUCCACUGGUUUUAAAUUGUCUUCAUCUCUUUUGUGAUUAAGAAGGCUCUUUCGUUCCUUUACUUUCGCCUUUUGUCAGCCAUGCAAACAAAGCGCUCAGUUAAAGAAUUGACCUUCGAAGUGUUUUGCUCAGUCAUUAACAAUCUGUGGCGAUGAAUAGACUCCUAGCUCUUUUGGCUUUGUGGUUUCUAACCCUUGAUGCGCCUUCUCGCACACAAGACUCUUGGCUAGGGAACGAAAUCAAUGUGGGAUCGUUCAUUCUGGGUUAUCAUAUCUUUACUCUGCCAUACGUUGUUGCAUUCAAUUUACGGACUAAAGCCUAAGUGACCGUAUUAGCAUGCAUAAUCAGGGACGCACUUAGUCAGCUUUCAUGACGAUUUCACACGCGGCGAUUGUGACUUCCCUCCUGGAAACAAGCGAGGUUCUUUUUCCCUCCUGAUAUCAGCCAAUGGCAAGCGACGAAAUGUCGCAAUGCUAACACGGUGACCAAUCAGCGCUCAGCUACACACGCGCACCUGUUCAUUUUCAUUGCCGUGGAUAAAUUUAACUCAACUUGCUCGUUUACCUGGGGAAAUCGCUUAAACACCUCAGCUGCCUCCCUAGCCGAUUGAAACAGCGAGGUGUUGUCCCUUAAACUCGACCAGAAACGUUCAUGGAACGUUCGCCCCUUCAGCUGCCGUUGGAAACAGAGCACACCAUGCAAGCUGUAGAUCGCAAACCUAUUAUUCUGUGCAGAGUCUGCGGAGACAGAUCUUCCGGGAAACAUUACGGUGUGUUCACAUGCGACGGUUGUCGUGGAUUCUUCAAGCGAAGCAUUCGCCGCAAUUUGACGUACCAGUGCAAGGAAAGAGGCAACUGCACGGUUGAUGUGACGAGGCGCAAUCAAUGUCAAGCCUGUAGGUUGAAGAAGUGCUUUGACGUAAAGAUGAACAAAGAUGCCGUUCAACACGAGCGUGCACCACGCUCCUCGCAAGUUGUGCCAAUGGUUCCCGCGCGUUCAGUGCUUAGCAGCGCUUAUGAGCAGCCUUCAUCACGCCCUAUUCCAGAACCACAAUUCAGUUAUCUCAAAAGCGAUCCCGGGGAUAGACCACAGAGUCAAAGCAGCCCAGAAGCCGACAUUGAUCACAGCAGGUCCAACGAGCUUCCACGCUUUUCUCCUCCAGCUCCCCAGUCACCCUACCACGGCCAGAAUAACAACCAGUCACCAGACUCCUCAAAAAAGCGCGGAUUUCUGUCGAUAGCAAGUAUGAUUGAAACAAGAGACAACACAGCCCAGCCUUCCCCAAGUAAAGCUCACUCCAGUCCCAGUCAAGCAACAGAGGACUCAAGUGACAGAACGCCAAUGGUAUAUCAACCCUCACCGGAGUCUGUAUAUGAAUCAGCCGUGCAAUUACUGUACAUGUCGGUCACCUGGGCGAGGAACAUACCAACAUUUCUGGACCUUCCAUUCCGUGAUCAGGCUAUCUUGUUGGAGGAGGGCUGGAGUGAGCUGUUUGUUCUGAGCGCAGCCCAGUUCUCUCUGCCAGUGGACAUGGGUCCUCUUCUCUCCGCAGCUGGUCUGCAAGUGGACAAAGCUCCUACUGAUAAAAUAGUCGCAGGAAUGGCGGAUAUUCGUCUCUUGCAGAAUGUUGUGGCAAGAUUCAAGCGAGUACAGAUUGACUCUACUGAAUAUGCCUGUUUAAAAGCCAUCGUACUCUUUAAACCAGACCUACGUGGCCUCAGAGCGCCUCACAUGGUAGAGAGGCUUCAGGAUCAAGCGCAAGCCAUGCUGGGAGAAUACUGCCGCAGCCACAGUCCUGAUCAACAAGUUCGAUUCGGUAAACUGCUGCUAAUGCUUCCGUCUUUGCGAUCAGUCAGUCCGAAGAUGAUCGAAGAUUUGUUUUUCCGCGGAGCUCUUGACAACGUCCCUAUUGAGCGAAUGCUGUGCGAUAUGUUUAAGUCAAGUUAAGUCGACGACUGGUGACUGGUACAUGAAGGCCUGCGUGAACUGUCAUUUCACCAGGCUCAUUGUAUAUACUUAUAACUAUUAAAAUAAUGCUUAGAACAUUUUUGAUAUAGAUUUUCGGACGAAGUUAAUCCGAGCACUAAAUUGACCAUCCUCGACGUUUUGCACUAUUGCAGUCGUUAAUUCACGGCUCAAAUUAAAUGAUAAUUAAUGGAACCUAUCAAAAUAUUAUGAUACCACAGAACUAGAGUCAUAGAUAAGGUUAGCUGCAGUCUUUACAUUAGGGCAUAGAAAAUAUAGGUUAUAACUUAUAACGUGUAAAAAAUAUCAUUGUAGUUUCUAGUAUUUCGAGUCUGUUAUAUUUCUUUUGUAAGAACAAAGGUCAGUUUUUUGUUUUUUUGGUAUUUGGCUAGAAUUAACCUUGAUCUUGUUGUUUUGUACAGAUUUUUAUUUGUCGGAAACGGUGAUUUCUCGCGGGAAAAGAACUGUGUCAGACACAACGGUGUAGUACUUAAAAAGACUGGGAUCUAAUAUUUUACCAAGGACUCUCGCUUCCGCUGGUCACCGCUGACCAGUAAGUGAAGGUCGCUAAAACUUCCGUUCAGUUGAGCUGUAAACGGUCUUUGGUCAGCAAAUAAUUAUAUAGAAUAACGUUUUAUUUCUAGAUGACAUUUUCAUAGUUUUUGCAUGGCAACAAACUGAGUAAAAUAUGUAGAAGUAAUUUUAUAGUUUUGGACUUCUAGCAUGUGUAAUAAUGUACAUAUUUAUACUGUAUUUAAAAUGAACAAUUGGGGGAAGCAUCUAUCAAAUAAGAUGCAAUUUUUCAGCAAUUUAACUAACAUUUCGAAACUUUUCAGUUGUCUGUCAACUUUGUUGUUUCUGAUAUAUGUUUUUCUUUUCUGCUUUUCGUAUUUGAGUAACCAAACAGACCAGCAAAGAAUGAGUUAAUAGGUUCCAUGCAACUAAUUAUUUUAAAGUGGAGUAAUAUCAAAUGAGGUUGAAAAUGUAAAUAUAUUGUGUUUUAGAAAGGGAAACCUGGGGCAGUCGUGAAAAAUAAUUACGUUUGCUUUUUUAAAAUCAUUUUUAUCCCUUAGUAUCCUUUCGUAAAUAUUCUACAGAAUUUUGAGUAUCCUAAAUUUUUGAUAGUUUAAUUUAUACAAAAGCUUUCGAUAUUUGUUUAAACUAAAAUAUAUCUCCUUUCAUAUUUGUCUACUUGUACCAAAGGAGUUUUAAUCCUAAACCUGUAAAAACAAAAUUUUCUAGGAUACUUGGAGGACAAAAAUGCUUGUAGAAAUUUAUACUAUUUAAAUUAAAAUCUUCUACUCAACUUG